AUGGCUAGGCUCUGUGCUUUCCUUAUGGUCCUGAUGGUGUUGAACUACUGGUCAACCUGCUCUCUCAGAUGUGACCUGCCUCAGACUCAUAACCUCAGGAACAAGAGAGUCUUGACACUCCUGGCACAAAUGAGGACACUCUCCCCUCUCUCCUGCCUGCAGGACAGGAAGGACUUUGGAUUCCCCCAGGAGAAGGUGGAUGCCCAGCAGAUGCAGAAAGCUCAAGCCAUCCCUGUCCUGAGUGAGCUGACCCAGCAGGUCCUGACCCUCUUCACAUCAAACGACUCAUCUGCUGCUUGGGAUGCAGCCCUCCUAGACUCAUUCUGCAAUGACCUCCACCAGCAUCUCAAGGAUCUGCAAGGCUGUCUGAUGAAGCAGGCUGGGGUAGAAGAACCUGCCCUGACCCAGGAAAACUCCCUGCUGGCUGUGAGGAAAUACUUCCACAGAAUCACUGUUUACCUGAGAGAGAAGAAACACAGUCCCUGUGCCUGGGAGGUGGUCAGAGCAGAAGUCUGGAGAGCUCUGUCUUCCUCAGCCAUGUUGCUGAGUGAGGAGAAGGAAUGA